AUGGCCCGCAAACUGGCCCUGCUGGUCAUAUUAAUGCACGCAAUCCAAAUCCUCGCUCUUCCUACUCCCUACGAAAACUCAAUCGCAUUCAAAUCCGUUCUGUCUGGCAUUACACAAAACAAUCGCCACUACUUCCCAGAAACCAUCCCCGAUCAAGAUGAGCUCAUAGUCAUGCUGAAGGAGACAGCCAUGCGUGAAGCAGGCUUCGUGCUCUCGUCAAACCCGGACCCGCAAUCAAAGGAGCAUAAAACGGAGACGGAGCUUCACAAAUCACUUCCGAAUCCGUAUGCAGCGAUCGGCACGGAUGCAACGGCAAAACCACAACCGAAUAGCUACCCAAAGCCGAGACAAUCCAAGUCCAAGUCCGAGUCCCGUGUGAAGGAGUCUUUCGUGGUCGCAUUAGGAUCAUACAAUUACCCGAUCUACUGGCCGCCAUUUGGGUUCUUCGUUAUCGCGGCUGCGGUUGUGUGUUUCUGUACGAUACUGCGGGGGAUCCGCGCGAAGAAGUGA